UCGAACAGGUACUGGAUUUCUCACAUUACACUUUGUUAGCUUGUCACAAUUUGCAAUUAUUUCUUCAAAAAUUAGUCCUACACAACGAAUAUCAAGAUGUGUGAGGUGGUGUUGCCCUGCAACUACAAUCCGCUCGAUUGUCCGAGCAGUCCUCCCAAGAGUCGACUGUUCAGCAUCCUGAUGCUCUAUUGCUGGCAGCGGGAAUACGACAAACGUCCUUACAAGCACUUUCAGUUCAAGAUUCUGGAUUUCGAGGAGCGUAUCGGAAGGCGGUAUCAUUGCAUUCGUGAUUUUGGCUUGAUUGUGAACUAUCUGCUUAAGCGGCCCCAGAUUUCGGUGUCCAUUACCGGCGUGCCUAUCAGUAAUUGGGAUUCCCAUCUCUUAAAGAAGUUUGCACACUCCUUGAUUCGAGCUUGGUACAUUGAAUUGAAGCUGUGUCGGCUGCCACUCGAGUUCUUUGUAAUGAUGCGUCUAAAUGCUCCCUCCAUGGAUGUCUGCAGUUUAAGUUUGGAGGGCACUCCUCUCAGCGACGAAGAUGUACGCGUUCUGCGGGAAUUCCUGAUCGCCUCCCAGUCACUGAGGAUUCUCAAUGUGUCGCACUGCAGCUUGACACAGUACAACUUCGCUAUGAUCGCCGAUGGGGUGUACAAGUCCAAGGGUGUGCGCACACUGAAUGCCAGUCGGCUGCUGGGAAUUAGUCUGAGCCUGGACACGGAAAAGGUGAUGUCGGUGGUGGGGUCGUUGAUAAUGCACAACGGGUUGGAGGAACUGACCCUGGAGUUUUGCGAACUGACCGCCCAGGAUAUGGAGCCCAUUGCGGAGUAUUUGAGGAAGACGAGCUCCAACCUGCGCCGCCUGCGUUUGUCCAGCAAUCUGAUUUCGGCGGAUGGAGCCUUCUUUCUUAUGCGUGGCAUGUCCAUCGGCGGGAGGUUGGAGCUUCUGGACAUUAGCCACAACUCCAUUGGAUCUCACGGAGGCGAGUGGGUGUCCCGGUACAUCGCCUCGUGCCGGAAGUUGCACUUUUUGUACCUGCAUAAUAACGAUAUUGGUGCGUUUGCCAUUAAUCAAAUCCUGCUGAGCUUCAAAAAGAAGUGCAAGCUGGACUAUAUGUCCCUGUAUGGAAAUGAAUUCGAUUCGCGGUCCGCCAUGAUCGUACGCCGUUUACUCGAUUCCGAGGUGGUAUUACCCUCCGAACUGGACAUCAGUUACACCUACGACGAGUCCUUGCAGACCUACCGCGUUGUGCCCUGGAGAUAGGGAUACCAGUUCCUCUAUACAUAUAUCCAAGCAGUUUGUUAAUUUCGGUUUCAAAUGAAUUAUAAAAUCAAAAUUAUGUACAUUAA